GGAAGGGAACAUUAAACGGGGAUUCCUUCUCAUUAUGCUCAAUUGCCCAUGAGCCAAUUUACUACUACCUUGCACAGUACCCGUUGUGAACAGAUUUAAAUAAUUUCUCAUUAAUAAGCUGAAUACAAAAUUGUGCGGGGUUACUCCCACUAACCAGCUGUUCCACAUGGGUCUCUGUCUUUACAAGACAGUUUCAAAUAGGACAAGCAGGAAGCUAAUAGAUAAAUAAAAUAGGUGGGCAAUUAAUGGCAUUCUGUGAAUUGAGAAUGGGGAAGAAGUAAUGUACCUACAUAUAAAGAUGAAUGAGAGGGGAGGCGAGGAAGAUGAGCUGUCACUGUUGUUAGAAGGUAGUUUGUCAAUCAUUAAAGCUGAUAUUCAAGCAGGUGAGCAAUUUCUGGAAAGGUGGCCAGUGGAAGUGGUUGGGGAGGAAAGAUCGAUUGGGCAUCUAGAUCCACAGAAAGAUUAAAUCUUGGCUGGUUUUCCCGUGGGUUUUACUUCCUUAUAUAGGCUGCAUCAGUUGCACAAGUUUUAAGGACUGUGUCAAGUAUCAUUUCCCAGAUCCAGAGUGUAUGUAGUUCUGCUAUGCUUGUCCGAGGUUUUCCUAGGAGUUAAUAAGCCUAGCAGAACACAUAAUUUUGCUUGUGGAUUUUGACAUUUUGUAUCUGCAAAAUGGCUAUUGAUGUAAGGCAAAUUGGGGGAGCUUUCCUUACACUGUCUAUGUUUGCAAUGCUGGGGAACAUGAUUAGAAAGGACCACUUCAGUGAUAACACUCCUGCUCUUGAGGUUAGCUCUUCAAAUGCAUCAAAUCCUUUACAAGAUGCGCGGUAUGCUACAAAUAAGCUUCUUGCAAAGGGAAAAGAACCUGAAAAUCUGUGGGGAUUAUCCGCACCAGCAUUGAAGCCUUGCUGGGAAGAUAAAAUUACAGAAAGCAUGGAGAAGAACAACGGCUUUGUUUCCUUUACAUUGUCAAAUGGUCCUUCUUAUCAUCUCUCACAGGUUGCAGAUGCAGUGGUGGUUGCUAAGUAUUUAGGAGCAACCUUGAUACUUCCACAGAUAAAAGAAAGUUCAGAGGAUGAAAACAGUAAAUUUGAGCAAAUUUAUGAUGCUGAUAAGUUUAUCGACAGUCUCAGUGGUGUGGUUAAAGUGGCAAGGCAAUUACCUAAUAAUAAGAUAGCCAGAAAAACUGUUAUUGUGAGGAUUCCACACAGGGUCACCGAACAAUAUAUUUCAGAAAAUGUUGAACCAUUAUUUAGAAAGAAACGCAGCAUCAUGCUCAGUAUUGUCUUUCCAUCAAUAGAUAUGAAAAUCAAGCAAGGGUCAAACUCUGAAAUGGAAUCUAUCCGCUGCCUUGGCAUGUAUGGCGCACUAGAAUUUCGCCCAGAGAUUCGGAUGGUGGGAGAUAAAAUGCUAAAGAAAUUACGUGAUGCAGAAGAUGGAUCGUCUAGGCAUUUUGUUGCAGUAGAUUUAAGAAUGGACAUUUUGCUCCACAGGGGCUGUGAAAAUGCUGAUGGGAGUCUCAAAUCGGGAACCAAAAAAUGUUUUGGAGCACAAGAUGUUGGCAUUUUUUUGAGAAAAAUUGGGUUCCAAGAAGACACCCCGCUCUAUUUGACAGAGUCAACAUGGCAUGAAAACCUCAAUUCUCUUAAAGAUAUAUUUCCAAAUGUCUAUACCAAGGAAACUAGUAUGCCUUCUGAUGAAAAGAUGAAGCUUUUUCAUUCAGGAAAAACAGAAUUUGAAAGAGCGCUUGAUUUUUACAUUUGUUCACAAAGUGACGUCUUUGUGCCUGCAAUUUCUGGUAUGUUUUAUGCAAAUGUUGCUGGACAGAGGAUAGCAGCAGGGCGAACACAAAUACUUGUACCCACAACCAGACAAAGUUCUACUGAUAUGUUGUCAGAUUCCAUUUCACGUUAUAUAAUUGACAAAAAUCAUAUAGCCUAUUCAUGCUUCUGCUAAGAUUUGUCAUUUAAAUAGCCAUUAAAUUUUGAAGGACUAGCCAGAGCCAGAAUGCCAAAACAGAAAACCACCAAUUUGGGCUGCUUCUAGCGAUAAGAAGAUUGAGAAUUUACCUCCUGCAUUUCAGGACUUAUCCUAGAAAUUAUUUUUUUUAAUGUCAAAUAUGGAUUUCCAAGAAAAGAAAGCUUGGUGGGUGUGACCAUGCAGUAGAAAUUGUAAGUUACCAAUUGCUGAUUGCAAUAUUUUUUCAUUUAAUAAAUAGUGUUCUCGAGUUUCAUCCAAA